AUGGAUAGUGAUGAUUCAAUACCAACAUUAGUUGACACAACAACUAAAGUUCCAGUAACAAUUCUUACUGGCUAUCUUGGUGCUGGCAAAACGACUCUGCUCAAUUACAUUCUGACAGAAAAUCAUCAACGACGUAUAGCGGUGAUUCUGAAUGAAUUUGCUCAGGGUAGUGCAAUGGAACAUCUUUUAUUAACAGCCACAACCGAUGAAGAAGGUAGCAAUGGUCGUCAACGAUACGAAGAUUGGUUGGAAUUACGUAAUGGUUGUUUGUGCUGUUCUGUCAAAGAUGUCGGCGUGCAAGCAAUUGAACAAUUACUCGAAAAACGUCGAAAUCACUUCGAUUACAUCCUAUUGGAAACAACCGGUGUUGCCGAUCCGUUGCCCAUUGUGAACAUGUUUUGGUUAGAUGAUGAAUUACACAGUGAUCUGAUUCUCGAUGGUUUAAUAACUGUCAUCGACGCUUAUAACGGACUGAAAAAUUAUGCAGAUGAUCGUCAUCAAGAGAAGGCCUUAUGGUCAAGACAAGUGGCUAUAGCAGAUGUGAUCUUAAUCAAUAAAAUUGAUUUAAUUUCUCAGGAAGAAAAGUCGAAAAUUAUCGAACUUGUUCGAUCAAUUAAUAUCACGGCACAAAUCUAUGAAACAACACGCUCACACAUUGAUUUAUCACUUAUACUUGAUCGCAAUGCUUACACAACAACAUUGAUUCCACAUGGAAAUCAAACAUUGAAUUCGGUGACCAUGGAAUUCAAUGGUCAGAUUGAUUUCGAAAAACUCGACCAAUUAAUCAUUGAACUAUUAUGGAAUGAGCAAAGCUCUGAACAGGAAAUAGUUCGAAUGAAAGCUGUUCUUUGUUGUUCUAAUGAAUCGACUUACAAACUUUUACAAGCUGUUGGUCAAAUGUAUGAGUUUAUUUCUACAAAAGAAAAACAUUGUGACAAUUUACGAAAUUGUUUCGUUCUUAUCGGAUCAAAUCUCAAUCAAGAACGUCUACGCGAACAAUUCCAAAAAUGUCUCAAAUAG